AACUCAACUCAACUCAACUCCUGUGCAAGGAUUUCAAGCUCUGCAGACUGCCCUUUCGCGAAUCUUCACGAAACAGCUGCAUGUUUUAGAGAGAGAAAAACGACUUAAACGAGUUUUGGAGAGAGACUUUACAGAACUCUUAUAGAGAGAGAGAGAGAGAGAGAGUUUGUUAGUAAGGUUUUCAGAAGCUUUUCCGAGAGAACAUUCUCGUGAAUUUUCUUGAAUUCCCCAAAGCCUUAUCUUAGAGAAAGAAACUCAGUUCGUAGGGUCGAAAACUCCUUCAUUCUCUGCGCUUUUUUUUCCUAGAGAGAGAGUAAAGGAUGACUGGUAAGUACCAUCUCCCACUGUUUAUUUGUAGAGAGAGAAAAUGAAAGAGACUCUUCCUCUUUUCUUUUCUAGAGGCGAGCCAGUGCAGUGCAUCUGAUGCCACCUUGACACCUCAUUUGUAGAGAGAGAGAGGGUAUAACAUUUUUAGAGAGAGAGGGUGUAGUGAAGUUUGGUUUUAUUGGGUGCUACUUGCAGUAAACAGUCAUCAGAGACCAGUGUAAAGAGAGAAGACUCGAGUUGGGUAGGCAUCACUUAGAGAGAGAAACCAAAACCCAAGUUCAUAGAGAGAGGACCCAAAACUAAAUUCUAGAGAGAGGGGCCCAAAACCAAAUUCUAGAGAGAGAAAAAGCACAAACCAGAAUGGAAGACAGACCACCAGCCAUGGCGAAGCGCCUGUGGAAAAUAGUCCGCAUCGUGCUCUUCAUGCUCCGCAAGGGAGUAUCGAAGCCGAAGCUCCUCCUGGACCUCAACCUUAUGUUCGAGCGGGGCAAACUCGCCGGGAAGGCCGCCGGAAAAGCCACCGGGAAAGCUCUCGGCCACCUCGUCUUCUCCCGCCACCACACCCCCUACUUCACCUGCGGUCCCCACCUCCACCGCCAUGUGUCGGUCCCCCUCCCCCGAGACUACGAGUUCUCGUGCCGGAACACGCCCGCGCCGAAGCGCAAGUCCCACCGCCACGUGUCCUUUCCCUGCAUCUACACCCGGGUCUCGGACGAUGACGUGCCGGUCACCGCCCUACAGCUACAGAAGGCACUGGAAUUGCUCAACUCCGAAUUUCCCGGCAAGGAGACGCCGGGAAAUGACUUUUCCGGCGCCCUGAAACGGAGCCCGCUCAUCGCGCUUACUGCCCCCUUCUCGCCGUUUCCUCUGAGAGUCACGGACUCGCCCUUCCCAUUGAUGGACGGUGAUGACGACUGCCACGUGGACAGGGAGGCCGAGGAGUUCAUCCGACGGUUCUACGAGGGGCUGCGUACCCAGGCCGGGAAAAGGGACGGGAAGUGAGAUUCCGGGGGUCUGGGUCAGUUUCCCGGCCAGAAUAACGCCCCGAACUUGGUUUUCCGGCGAGGUGAUGGCCGCCGUGAAGCGGUUAAGGGUUUGAUCAUUUUGGCCGAAAAGAAAACGAAAUGUUGCACGUUGGGGUUUGUACUUUUCUGAUUGUUUCGAGUUUUCGGCAAUGUUACAGCUUUAUGAAUGACCAUGUCUCUCUAUUUUAUUUUGUCA